GAUCCUACUCUUUUAAAAAUAUCUCAGUAUAAUGGCUCCUAAUCCCAAGGUAUUCUUCGACAUGACGGUCGGUGGUCAGCCGGCCGGUCGAAUUUUGAUGGAGCUCUUCGCUGAUGUCGUUCCUCGCACCGCCGAGAACUUCCGUGCCCUCUGCACCGGGGAGAAAGGCGUCGGGAAAUCUGGCAAACCCCUCCACUACAAGGGUUCAUCUUUCCACCGUGUGAUCCCCAAUUUCAUGUGCCAAGGAGGUGACUUCACCGCUGGAAACGGCACCGGAGGCGAAUCCAUCUACGGAUCCAAGUUCGCCGACGAGAAUUUCAUCAAGAAGCACACCGGUCCCGGUGUUCUCUCAAUGGCUAAUGCCGGACCCGGAACCAACGGAUCUCAGUUCUUCAUCUGCACGGCCAAGACCGAGUGGCUGGACGGAAAGCACGUGGUGUUUGGACAAGUGGUUGAAGGCAUGGACGUUGUUAGAGCCAUCGAGAAAGUUGGGUCCAGCGGUGGAAGGACAUCGAAGCCUGUUGUGAUCGCUGAUUGUGGACAGCUUUGUUAGGAAAGAAAGCGUAAAACUUGGUUGUUUAAACUGUUGUUUGAUGUCUAGAGUUUUUGAUAUCCGUCUUUUCAUGCGUCUGUUUUGUUUCUUUCUGGGUUCGGUGGUUUCCGAGGAGUUGCAAUAUGUAGUUUUUAUGAUGAACUACCAUUAAAUAAGAUACUCUUUCUCAUCAUCAGAU